AUGUGUAAUGUUGCUGCGUCUUCUGAGGGGUACUGUGAAUGACAGAAGGGACAUGAAUAACAUGUGUCUGUGGUGGCGAAAUCACAUCAUGCCGGGUUUAGUCACUUAUGUAUGUAGCUGUACAUAUUUCCGAUGAUCGUUUCUGUAUGUUUAGACAGAAGGACGAGUGAAACUUUAAUUAGUUUAGCAGAUCAGACAGUAGACAUCCCUUAGCAAAGCUAGCUGACUCACGUUUGGUGACUAUCGUAGUAUACUUCACACAUGUGAAGUUAUACCAAAAGAUCUGAGUUUUAAAUACGAUUUUUUAGGAGCUGUUCCAGCACCAGUGACGUCAUUAUCGAUGGGAUAUUGAAGUCAGGCCCCUGUCAGACUGUCUGCUUGUUUUUAUGCUGACAGACCCUUGGGAGAAGAAGCUUGUUUUGCGAUGCAGCGGUUUGUGUGUGCUAGAGUCUUCAGGCCUGCUGCCCUGCUGCAGAUUGGUCCUCCGUCCUGUAGCCGGACCGCACAGAGACUGGAUCCCCCGACCCGGCGGUGCUGGAAACAGCUGAGCUCCAGCCCACGAUGGCUCAGCAGCUCCAGUGCGCUCUGCUCUCCGGCCUCUCAGAAGGACACCAGCAGAGAUCAUCUGGUAAACUCAGCUCCAGGGCAGGAUGACCCAGACCCUCUGCAGGAUAAAUCCAUCGGCCUCAUUCAGAGAUUCAAGAAAACCUUUAAGCAGUAUGGCAAAGUCAUGAUCCCUGUGCACCUGUUGACGUCUACAGUGUGGUUCGGUACAUUUUACUAUGCUGCAAUGAAAGGAGUGAAUUUGGUGCCCUUUCUUGAGUAUGUUGGGUUUCCUGACAAGGUUGUGAAACUCCUGGAGAACUCUCAGAGUGGCUAUGCACUGACAGCAUAUGCCAUGUACAAGAUCGCCACACCUGCGAGGUACACGGUGACUCUAGGAGGAACAUCACUGUCCGUGAAGUACCUGAGGAAGCACGGCUACAUGUCCACCCCUCCGCCUGUGAAGGAAUACCUCCAGGAGAAGAUGGAGGAGACCAAAGAGAGGAUCUCUGGGAAAAUGGAGGAGACCAAGGAUCGUUUUUCCGAGAGAAUGGAGGAAACGAAAGACAAGUUCACUGAAAAACUUCAAGAAACCAAAGACAAAGUGUCUUUCCGAAAGAAAAAGGAAUAGGUUUAUACACUUACGAAAGGUCACGAAGUGACUUUAUCUCCCCAUAAUGUCAUGAAGAUUCACGUUAUUAAACAAUAUAAUACACUUUAAGGAAAGCAUAUUUAAAAUAUAAUGUAGGCUGUAAGCUCUACACUCACUGUUCACGUACAGUAAUAGGCUAAACUAUCACAAGAUGUGGCGGUAUUAUAAUUCAUAAAUUGACCAUAGUUUCUGGAUAUAAAACAUCACAGCACACAAAGUCUACUGAAAGACGUUGGACUUAACUUGAAGUACCUUUUAACGAAUGAGAGUGUGUUUUCUAAAGAGAACAGCUGGUAUAAUGUGCCCAAUAUCAUAUUUAUAAUACUGUUAGUUCCCUAACAACAUAGCACUGGCUCUUUCGAUUCUUGCAUAUGUUCAUAUUUAAAUUAUGGAUUCAAAACAGCUGUCUGAAUUGUCACACAAGUUACUAAGAAUGAUGUAGUCAUGUUGUAAAAUCUUGAAUAUUGAUUGUAACUUUAGAUAUUAUGCAAAACAGUGUUUGUCAUAAAGCUGUAAAUGUACGUUAAGAUGUAAUACAGCUUAUACCGUUGCUUAUAAUAUGGGAAAUAGAAAUGCAGAAAAAUAAUCACAAAUUGUCCUGACGGUCAUUCUGCAGAUCAUCAACAUUCUUUAUGUCCUAUUUCGAAUUCAGUAUGUUCCUGCCAUAUUCAUGUGUUUAAUUUAUGCAACCUCAUUUUCAGUUGGUAGUCACAUAUUUCUCAAAAUCCUUUUUUUUUUUUUGCUUUAAUUUUGCUUAGUAACUGAUGAAGUUUAAUAAUUGAACUGAUUAUUCCACAGCAAAUGUCUCUGCUGGUGAAGCACUAGGGCUGUUUAGGUUUGAUUGGAUUGCAAAGCCUUCUGUCUGUUGAAGGAUGUUCCACCUGGCUGUCAACAGUAACAAUAAAAAUGAUAAACAAUG